GCCAAAAAGCUUAGAAUAAAGGAACCCGGGAAACAAACGGGUCGAUUACAGAUUUUCCCCCCACUACUCCAAAGCUUGCUCGCGGUCAUCUCCACAAUUAGCAAAAGCUUCGUUCAUACAGCCGGAGGAAACGGGCCUUUGCUCCGGCGAGCGGCAGCAAAAAAUGGGUGCAUCGUCGCCAUAUGAGAUGAACUUGAAUAGAAUUCUCUCAUACAUCGAUAGCUUAACAUUGCACGUCAACCGUAUCGGCCAAAUGGACCAAUCCCAAUUAUGCAGUAUCUGCUUUUCCAUUGCCAGAAGUAUCGACGUUGCAAUUGCGAACAAUCUUUUUCCAUCUAAAGCUCACGGUUUACCCAUUCUCUUCAAACAGUUAUGUCAGAUGAAACAUUCUCAUCGCUUAAAAGCAGCACUCAUGGUGCUCAUGAUAACCGUCAAGAAUGCUUGCAAGGCGAGAUGGUUUUCAGAAAAGGAUGCAGAGGAACUCUACAGUCUAGCUAAUGAGAUUGGUAAUGAUUUCUUUGGAGAUACGAAUAUUGGACAAAGCAAUUCCCUUACCACGAUUACUACAGUUAUUGAAAGGAGGGGUUUUUGGCCAACUACUUAUUUGGGAUUCCCUUUGGGUGGAAACUCAAAGUCUAUUAAUUUUUUGGAAUUCGGUGGUGGAGAGAUUUCAGUAAAAACCUCAUAAUUGGCUCAUCAUUUUUGUUGGAUGUGAUGAGGGUGCUAUGGGGGUGUCAACCUAGUUGAGAUGCCCGGGUGCGCCUGCUGAUUCUUUAGUUUUUUGCUUGGUUCUUUGUAUUUGCCUUUAUUUCCAGGUACACAUCUCUUGUACUGAAUCUUAUUGAUUAAUAAAGGCCUUUUCCUUUUCAAAAAAAAAAAAAAAAUGAAACCUCAUAAUUGGAAGUAUGCUUAUUUCCAAGGGUGACAGACACACUCUUAUUCAGGUCACUCUUUCGAGUUUGUGCACUAUAAAACUCUUAGGUUUGUGAAAGAAUCAUAAU